AUGCAUAUCAUCUUUCAACACGAUCCGUAUAAUGUGCUGAUAUCAGAUUUGGACCAACUAUUCUGCGUAAACCACGUGGCCACCAGUCAGCUUGCUGAUUACAAGCUUGAGACGUGCAGUGGGCUCUCACAAUUGGUUAGUGGCCCACCCAGGGGCUCGGCUGUGCUCGACCCCUCUCUCUCCACCACACCACAUGCCAACUCUUGCGCGCCCAUGGCUGAAGCUUUGACCUCGACAUUGUCCAACCUCAACCCCUUCUCCAGGAAAGGCACAUCUCCGGAGGAUGACGAGAACGGCGAGGAGGUCGACAACACCACAAUCGCUGGUGGUGGCCAUAGUGCUCGGCAGACCGACGUCACCCAGCACCAACUGCGCGUGAGCAAUGCUUUGAAAGCCUUCUUGGUCGACCAGGGCGCGCUCACUAAACACGACCUUCGUGAUGACACCGACGAGGUACCAAGUGCGGCUCUGCACGCUUUGGUCAAGAAGCCACAUAUCAACGUUCCACCACAUGUCACUGACAGGUCGUACCCGUUACCCGAGUACUUUAUCAGCUCAAGCCACAACACGUAUCUCUUGGCACACCAGCUCUUCGGCACAUCCUCGGCGUCGGCCUACGAGACCGCCCUGAAAGCUGGUGCUAGGUGCGUCGAAAUCGAUGCUUGGGACGGUGAGGAAGAUAAGGACGAGCCAAAGGUUACCCACGGAUACACUUUGGUGUCCCACAUUCCCUUCCGCCAGGUCUGCGAGACCAUUCGCGAUGUGGUCGACCAAGAGGCGAAGGAGGCUGUCAACCAACAGGGUUAUCGGGCAGCUCCAAUCAUGAUAUCUCUUGAAAAUCACUGCGACGCUCAUGGUCAGCAGCGCUUGGUGGAUAUCAUGAAAGAGAUCUGGGGACACCGCCUGCUGAGCAAGGCCAUUCGAGAGAAGGGCCACCAGGAGCAAGAGGGUGGCGACCACGUCACGCUGGAGGACCUCGGCUCCAAGAUUGUCGUUAUCGUCGAGUUCCAUCUGCAAGGGGAGAAGGAUUCGGAAUCCAGCACCAGCGAUGAGUCAUCCGAUGACGAGAGUAAGGAGGCCCGCAAGAAGUACAAGGAGAAGAAGAAAACCACCGGCGCAGGUGUCAUCAUACCCGCACUCGCUGAACUCGGUGUCUACGCCCAGUCGGUCAAACCCGUCGACAACUCGUGGUUCGAGCAGCCGCAGAUGACUAACGGCCCUCACCACCACCUCAUCAAUGUCUCCGAAACUGGAUUACUGGGCCUCAUGCCCGAAUUCAACCAGAAUAUUGCAAAGCACAACGCGCACCAUUUGAUGCGAGUGUUUCCCAAGGGAACACGUAUCUCGUCCAAGAACCUAAAGCCGGUGCCAUUCUGGGGACUUGGGGCACAGAUCUGCGCUCUCAACUGGCAGACUUUCGGCAUCAGUAUGCAGCUCAAUGAGGCGCUAUUUUCAGGCACAGACGGAUACGUCCUCAAGCCUGCAUCGCUACGAAGUGGCGGAGAUGGAAGCGUGACGACUGGGCGGAAGAAGCGUCUACGUGUCCACGUCGCCGGAGCCACGGAUCUCCCACUUCCAAAGGGCCGGGAAGCGGACGAAAUCAAGCCGUAUGUGACCGCAUCGCUUAUGCAUCCCUCCGAUGCCAAGAAGGACGACCCGACUUCGAACAAGCAGAGGACUGGGUCAUAUAAACAGCACAAGCUUGGCUUUCUGCAUCGUGGGGAGAACCCGCCGCCAACGGACCCUGUCUGGGAUGAGACGCUCGAAUGGGAGUAUGAGGACAGUGAGCUGGCUUUCCUUAGGGUUCUGGUCAAGAGCGAUGACACGUUUUCCGUCAACCCUAUCCUUGCGCUUACUACUGUGCGGAUUAUGUAUGCGACAGAGGGCUGGAACUUUAUCCGCAUGUUGGACUUGAAGGGACGGGAAACGAAGUCCUCGUUGCUGGUCAAGUUUGAGGUCCAGGACGCUGAUUAG